AUGUCUCGCUCGCUCAUCACCCGCAGCCUUCCCCUUCGUUCCUCUUCCCAUGGUGCCCUUGGUGGUGCGAGGCCUGUAUUCUCCGAGGUGCCCCUGAAGGAGGUGCCGUCGUACGUGAGGCUCCAUGUGCUCGGAAACACCAGGCGCCUCACCAAGGAGUUCGUCCAGUGGUACUGGAGGACUUACUUCCACGCUGGCAAGGCCGACCCCAUCAUUCACGGCAUCCUCCUCGUCUCCGGCGUUGGCUAUCUCCUCCACAACCACUGGCACGGAUCGCACCCAUAA